AUGAUGAAGAAACCAACCCACCAGCAGACUGAACCAUCAGUGAACAACCCCAUCCCUAACCAACUUGAACCACCUUUCAAUCCACCUCAUCAACCUCAUGACACAUCUCACCAGCCUCCAUGCUCAGCACAGAAACCAUCACCUCGGAGGAUCAACACACACAGGGUACUUUCUCCUAAACCUCACCCUCCAAACCUUAUCACUGAAGUUUACCCUCCACCCAUCCCCCCUUCUCACAAUGGAACACCUCAUUCCCAUUUCCCUGCACCAACCACAAACCCCAUAAGCUCCCCAGACCACCAAAUUGAGAGGUUGCAAGAACAGCUUGAAUGGUCUGAAGAGAACUUGGGUAGAUCAAUGGAUAUGCACUAUGAGAAGAACAAGAUCAUCUCAGAAUUGAGAGCUGAAGUAGAAAAACUCCUGUCAGAGAAGUCUCACCAACAUCCUUCAACCAAUACCUCUCCUCCUACCAUCAACACUACCACAGCUCCAGUGGGUCAACAACAAGCAAUCCCUAUCAUCACCUCUACAAGGUCUCCCCCACCAGCACAUGCUCAUCUAGUGCCUGCGAACUCCACCACCACCAUGCCUCCUACAGCAGCAGGGGCUCAUCCACCAUUGGUGGACCCAGGUUCAAACUUCAAACUCAAUUUUGAAUUUUAA